AUGGCUGGAAGUCGACGGAGCGUGUGUGCACUCUUCCAGGUCAAAGUUCACGCACGGUUGAGCACCAAACAGAAAGAAAGAAAAGAAACCAGAGGAUUGCUGUCUGUAUCUCUAACAGAACACAUGAACCCCAAGAACAUAGGCCCGACAAGGAUAUUCCAGAAUGAUCUCAAAAUAUUGAUCGUCCACUGAGGAGCAAAAAAACUGACCAGUCAGUUGCUGGGAAAACCAGGCGUUGCUUCUGGCACCUCGCAGUCCCGUUGUUCCACACUGUAUUAAUUAACACUGUCAUAAAUUCUCAUGUUAUGGGAAGAGACGAAAAGAAGUUUCUCGCUUUGUCGGCCCAGCAUCAUUAGGGUCGGCCCACCACACCAUCCGUUCCCCACCCAGAAUCCCUGUUCUAUUUCACACGAGUUGACAUGCUACUGGCAUCGAGAAAGAUGCAUUAGGGUCGAACGGAAAUGGAUAUUAGAAAACGUCGGAUUCGAGACGUUUUUUUUUUUUUUUUU